CGCGCCUAUAUGAAGACGACCCCUGUCUCUACCGUCCGUCACACUACCUUAUUUCAGUGAGAGGAGAGAUGGAAACAACUUCCCUCCUUCGCUUCCUCUUCGUUGUACUGAGCGGCCUUCUCGUUCUUCUCUUCACUCGCUCUUGGUUCCACCUCCCAUACACCCCUUCCGAAAAGGUCGAGCUGCUCGACUGCAACAGCUUCUCUCCAUGGUGCACCUCCAAGAAUCGAAUCCAUUCAAAUCCCAAUCUCCUCCCAAACACCCAACGCCCCAAAUCGCAAUCCCACAUAUCGGAAACCCCGCACCACCCUCUCGACCCCCUCACCAUCCAAGAAAUCAACAAGGUUCGCUCCAUCCUCUUAACCUACGCACCCUUCACCUCCUCUCCCUUCACCAUCCAUUCCCUCGUCCUCCAAGAGCCCGAUAAGGCCGUCGUCCUACGCUGGAAGAAAGGCAAUCCGCUCCCCCCUCGGAGGGCCUCCGUCAUCGCUAUCCUCGGUGGACGAUCCCACAUCCUCACCGUCGAUCUCGAGUCGGGCACGGUCACCGAUGAUGAGAUCAGCUCGGCGUCCGGGUACCCGACCAUGACCAUCGAGGACAUGACCAUGGCCACGUUUGCUCCGCUGUCGGAUCCUGCCUUCAAUCGAACGGUGCAGGACCGGGGCGUCGCUCUGGCGGACCUCGCCUGCCUGCCGAUCUCGCUGGGCUGGUUCGGGAAGAAGGAAGAUGGCCGGAGAUUGAUCAAGGUCCAGUGCUACUCGACGGAAGGAACUGCGAAUUUCUACAUGAGACCCAUAGAGGGAUUGACAGUGGUCAUCGACAUGGACACUAAGGAAGUGGUGGAGAUAACCGAUCGGGGCCGUGAUAUCCCGAUCCCGAAGUCUGAAAACACCGAUUACCGAUACGCGGCCGUCCAGAACGAGCGGCUCUGGAUGAAACCGUUGAAUCCUAUCUCCAUGGAGCAGCCAAAGGGUCCCAGCUUCACGAUCGAAGAUGGCCACACCGUGAAGUGGGCCAACUGGCAGUUCCAUCUCAAGCCCGAUCCCCGGGCGGGCGUCAUCAUCUCUCAGGCCAACGUCCGAGAUUCCGAGACCGGCGAUCUUAGAAACGUCAUGUACAAAGGGUUCUCGACGGAACUCUUCGUGCCGUACAUGGACCCGACAGAUGCAUGGUACUUCAAGACGUACAUGGAUGCCGGUGAGUACGGAUUCGGGCUGCAGGCGAUGCCGUUGGACCCGCUUAACGAUUGCCCACGCCACUCCCACUACAUGGACGCGGUGUUCGCGGCCGCAGAUGGUAAGCCGUAUGUUCGGUCGAACAUGAUCUGCGUCUUCGAGCGGUAUGCUGGCGAGAUUGGAUGGCGGCACGCCGAGAGCCCGAUCACAGGGAUGGAUAUUCGUGAGGUGCGGCCAAAAGUCACCCUAGUCGUUCGGAUGGCAGCAUCCGUCGCGAACUACGAUUACAUCGUUGAUUGGGAAUUUCAGACAGAUGGUCUUGUACGCAUCAAGGUUGGGCUGAGUGGAAUACUAAUGGUGAAAGGAACCCCGUAUGAGAACCUUAAUCAGGUACCCGACCAUGAGGAGAUGUACGGCACCAUCUUGUCCGAGAACGUGAUCGGCGUCAUCCAUGACCACUACAUCACAUUCUACCUGGACAUGGACAUCGACGGCUCGGAUAACUCGUUCGUCAAGGUCAAUCUUGAGAGGCAGGACACAUCUCCCGAAGAAUCGCCCAGGAGAAGCUACUUGAAAGCUAAGAGGAACGUCGCCAAGACAGAGAAGGAUGCGCAGAUCAAGCUCAAGCUGUCUGAACCGACCGAAUUUCAUGUGAUCAACCCGUCCAAAAGAACCCGAGUCGGGAACCCGGUCGGGUAUAAAGUAGUUUCAGCCGGCACGGCCGCAUCCUUACUUGAUCCUCAAGAUCCUCCGCAGUUGAGAGGCGCAUUCACAAACAAUCAGAUAUGGGUAACUCCAUAUAACCGGAGCGAGGAAUGGGCCGGCGGACUUUUUGUAUAUCAGAGCAAAGGGGAAGACACUUUGGCUGUUUGGUCUGAAAGGAACCGACCAAUCGAAAACAAGGACAUUGUUGUAUGGUACACAUUGGGAUUCCAUCACAUCCCUUGCCAAGAAGACUACCCCAUCAUGCCCACUGUCUCUUCGAGCUUUGAUCUGAAACCUGUCAAUUUCUUUGAGAGUAAUCCCAUUCUCCGGGUGCCACCCAAUCUUGAGAAAGACCUCCCGGUCUGCGCCGCAGCUGCUUCUUCAUGAUCUAGUUCAAGCGACAAUUGAUCCAUCUGUGCAUGCACAUAAGUAUGCACCGUGUGGAUGUAUGUAUGCAUGCAUGUUGGCAAAGGUUUCACAAAGCCUUUUAGAAUGUGGGUGGGAUUGUGCGUAGAUAAGCAGAGGAGGUAUGAGUGUGGAGUGAGGUACUGCAAUAAUGUGUUGCAAUGGACUCGUGUUAAAAUGGCAAAGAUGUUUAAUACAAUAUGCAAAUAUGUUUUACUUAUAAUUACAUACAGAGGAGCUUUCCA